CUCAUCUACUUGUCAGGCUGUCAUGCUUGUAGAACUGUUUUAUCAGAAUACUCUUCUUUACAGUCAUUGCGAAGGUGUUGCACUUCACCACAAGCCUGUUGUAAUAGCUGAUGCUAUCAGUAUAACCACUCAUGGAUCGGCUGUGUGCUUCAAGUGGCAGACUGUUUACAGCGGGGCGUUUCUGUCUGUGUAAACCAAGUUUAUGCAUGCGGAAGCACCGCAUACAAACUGGUAGUGGCAAUGGGCAAACAAAAGUAGAGGGCCUCGUAAACUCCUGGAUGCAGACAUAUGAAGAUUUUGUUGGACUCACUCUUGUUAAGGAAGCGCAGAACAAUGUCUUGCAGAGAGAAAAUAGAUUCUUGUCAUCUCAAGAAGAACGGCGUGCAAAACAACAAGAGCUUGGAACAAUCCAAUCAAGGCUGAAAUCGGUCAGUGCAGAACUUGACAAGACAAACAAAUCUGAUGAUCGUUAUCUUGACAUUGUCAAAAUGGAGCACUCCAUAAUAAGAGAAGAGCACCAGAUGCUCGAGGAUAUACGAAACCUAGAAAAACAGGAACGAGAGUAUUUUUCCCUCCUUAGUGCUGCAGUUCGUGAAGGUCACGAGAAGGAACGGGCUCAAGCAGAGAAAACAAAAUAUUGGUCAAUAAUCGGAUCAAUCAUUGGAGCAAUUAUUGGUAUCACUGGGUCAACUGUCAAUAAUUAUCUAAGAAUGAAAGAGAUGAAAGGAAUUGUACACACUUCUGUAUCCAGUAACGAGGAGUUGAAAGAUCUAUCACUCCAGCUGUGUAGUGCGGUAAGAACCCAGUUUGAUACCUUUGACAGCUUUCUGACAGAUCUAAAAUCGGCCAUUGACAAGAAAGGAAUCUCCACUGUGAGAGCCACACUCCCUGCUCCGAUGGCUAAUAAACACACCCUCCAUGAACAAACAGAUAAAAUUUUGGAAACUUUGGUAAAGCAGGAAUCCUUUCUAAAUGCAGAAAUAAAAGACAUCAAGAAGAUACUUGGCCUGUCGCGGAAGGAUGAAGAGGGAACGAGUGUUGUGUAUGUUGGGCCGGAAGUGAAGGCACUUCUACAGACAACUGAGGAUAACCUGGAAUGGAAGAUGAAGAUGAACUCCCUGGCGUCAGCAACAUUUAUAUACGGUGCCCUUGCUCUCACAAUACCUAUCAUCCUGUCCUUCUUUAAGGGAAGCUGAAGUAACAGUGUUCUUUUAGGUUCUAUAGGAGUGAGUGAGUGAGUUGGGCUUUACUCUGCUUUUAGCAAUAUUCCAGCAAAAACCAUCUUCCCGAGGCAAAUGAGUUAACUGACUAUUAAAAGUCCAGUUUCCACCCUUGCCAAACUAGCCGAACUUGUCCAUGUGGGGAAUAGAACCCGGGUCUUAAUGUCUAGGCUUCCCCACCACCCCCAGGCUAAUAGGAAAAAUGUGUAUCAAAGACACCUAAAAAAACACCUUAAGAUUUAUUUAUUUAUCAGCCCAACUUUUCAAUUAAAUGUAGCGGACUAGUCAUGCAAGAUGAACCUGUAGAUAUCUAUGUGGACAUUUGAUGUAAAGGAUGGAGGUCUUCUCUGCUCUGAAGAUAUGACACUUUUGUCCAAUAUGUAGUACAUCACCUUUGACUUGCAAACAAGUUGAUUCUAAUCCUGAAAACACAAACAGCACCUAGAGUUUGUGAUGAUCACUUUUGUGUGGCUUGAUGAGAAUCCUGAUGAACGGUUUAUUGCUUUAAUCAAACAAAGUAGAGAUUAUAAGAAAAACAUUGUGAAAUUUGUAAUAUUUUCACAAAUCCUUCAAAAGAUGUUUUUGAACCCAUGAUGAUAAUGGUUUUAAUAACAUCAAGUAUAGAUCAAAUGACGUAGAUGCGUUGUUUAUGUGAAAUGAUUGGAUUGUUCAUUUAUUGGGUUCUUCGAAUCUUAGGAACACAAUCUCUGUGUAUAUGUCCUCAGAGGCUGAAAUGUUGCAUGUAAGAGUGUGUUUGUUUCUGUAAUAUGUAGGUUAUGAAAUGUGGAGUGUAUGGGAUGUGGCUGAGAUUAGACGUCAUUAGGUACAUUGAUUAUAGAGUAACUGAUUCAUGACACAAGUCCUGAUUAUUACAGUAGUCUUAAUUAUUACAUUGCUUGCAGUGAGUUAAUUUGAUUGAUUGAGGUUUUGUCAAUUGAAGAAUAUGGAAGAUGGCCUCAAAUCUUGACAAGGCCAGGGAAGGAGCAUGGUUAAAGAUAAUAAGCACCAUGCCUCUUUUUAAGGGCUUAGGGUUUAUUAUUUUGCUUUUUGAGGCCCUUAUUAUUUUACGAGCUAACAUCACAUUUCUUGCAUGUUUUCAAAAGCACAUCACCUGAUUCUAUGUCAGAUUGCAUGGUGGUGUAGCAGACAGUACCUGCAAUAUAAUAAUGGUAAAAGCAUAACACAAGUAGCAAUAGACAAACAAGUAAUUAGAACAUUUAAACAGUUAUUUGCAUUAGAUGGAUUGUUACGCCGUUUGUUGGAUGAGGAAUAUUAAGGUCUGUGAUUUAUGUGACAUGUUACUGUGUGAUAAUUGCCUGUUGAGAAUAUGUUACUGAAUAAAAUCGGAGAUUGAGUUGUUUCGGCUGUGAAA